AUGUGCCAAACAACCACUGCAACUAUUGAAGAAACAACAACCACCGAUGCACCUACAACUAUAGAAGAAACAACAACAACCGAUGCACCAACAACUACUGAAGAAACGACAACAACCGAAGCACCUACAACUAUAGAAGAAACAACAACAACCGAGGCACCCACAACUUUAGACGAAACAACAACAACCGAUGCACCAACAACUACUAAAGAAACAACAGCCACCGAUGCACCUACAACUACUGAAGAAUCAACAACCACCGAUGCACCAACAACUACUGAAGACACAACAUCAACCGAUGCACCUACAACUAUAGAAGAAACAACAACCACCGAUGCACCAACAACUACUGAAGAAACAACAUCAACCGAUGCACCUACAACUAUAGAAGAAACAACAACCACCGAUGCACCUACAACCACUGAAGAAUCAACAACCAACGAUGCACCUACAACUAUAGAAGAAACAACAACCACCGAUGCACCAACAACUACUGAAGAAACAACAGCCACCGAUGCACCUACAACUACUGAAGAAACAACCACCACCGAUGCACCUACAACUAUAGAAGAAACAACAACCACCGAUGCACCAACAACUACUGAAGAAACAACAACCACCGAUGCACCAACAACUACUGAAGAAACAACAACAACCGAUGCACCUACAACUACUGAAGAAACAACAACAACCGAUGCACCUACAACUAUAGAAGAAACAACACCCGCCGAUGCACCAACAACUACUGAAGAAACAACAACAACCGAUGCACCUACAACUAUAGAAGAAACAACACCCACCGAUUCACCAACAACUAUUGAAGAAACAACAACCACCGAUGCACCUACAACUACUGAAGAAACAACAACAACCGAUGCACCUACAACUAUAGAAGAAACAACACCCGCCGAUGCACCAACAACUACUGAAAAAACAACAGCCCCCGAUGCACCUACAACUACUGAAGAAACAACAACAACCGAUGCACCUACAACUAUAGAAGAAACAACAACCACCGAUGCACCCACAACUUUAGACGAAAAAACAACCACCGAUGCACCAUCAACUACUGAAGAAACAACAACAACCGAUGCACCAACAACUACUGAAGAAACAACAGCCACCGAUGCACCUACAACUACUGAAGAAACAACACCCACCGAUUCACCAACAACUAUUGAAGAAACAACAACCACCGAUACACCUACAACUAUAGAAGAAACAACAACCACCGAUGCACCAUCAACUACUGAAGAAACAACAACAACCGAUGCACCUACAACUAUAGAAGAAACAACAACCACCGAUGCACCAACAACUAUAGAAGAAAAAACAACCACCGAUGCACCUACAACUAUUGAAGAAACAACCACCACUGAAGCGACAACAACGGAAGAGGCAACCACAACUUCCAGCACUUCAUCAGACAGAAGCACGGAGACCACGACUUCAGCAACCAAUUCUCAACCGAAUCUAGAGCAACACAUUCAUUAUCACGAGAUAUUUGGGCCGCCGGGCUUUGCACUGCCCUUGCCAGGACUUCCACUUCCACCCUUGAUAUUUCCCGGACCUACCUUGCCACUAACAGAAGCUGAUGCUUCCAUACUUGGCAUUUUUCCUAUUCCUCCUCCGCCUUUACCGCCACGUCUGCCAAGACCCCCAAGACCGCCACCACCGCUCCCGUUUUUCAACAUUUUCGGGAAAUAA